ACCCCGCACAUGUGGUCCUUCUCACAAGCUCAGUGCGUGUGAUCAGAGCGAGUCGGAGUCCGAAGACAGAAGAGUCGAGUGAGCAGCGCUGGUUCCACCGUCACAUCUGAAACAUGAGGCCAGGGUUCAGUCCUCGUGGCGAUCGAGGAGGUAGAGGAGGACGUGGAGGUAGAGGUGGAUUCGGUGACCGUGGAGGAUUUGGUGACCGAGGAGGAGGACGAGGGGGAUUCAGAGGAGGAAGAGGAAGCUUCAGGUCCCCAGAAGGUGGAGGAUUUCGCGGGCGAGGCGGUGGAAGAGGCGCCCCAAGAGGAGGGAGAGGCGGCCGUGGGGGCUUUGGAGCUGGGAGGAAGGCCUUGGUUGAGCCACACAGACAUGAAGGUGUGUUUAUCAGCAGAGGGAAGGAAGAUGCUCUGGUGACCAAGAACAUGGUUGUGGGAGAGUCUGUGUACGGAGAGAAGAGAAUCAGUGUGGAGGAAGGCGAAACGAAGAUUGAGUACAGAGCCUGGAAUCCGUUCCGGUCCAAGCUGGCAGCAGCCAUCUUGGGAGGAGUCGACCAGAUCCAUAUCAAACCUGGAUCAAAGGUCAUGUACCUGGGAGCAGCCUCUGGCACCACAGUGUCCCACGUUUCUGACAUUGUUGGACCGGAAGGACUAGUCUACGCUGUGGAGUUUUCCCAUCGAUCAGGUCGUGACCUUCUCAAUGUUGCAAAGAAACGCACCAACAUCAUUCCGAUCAUCGAAGAUGCUCGGCACCCACACAAGUACCGCAUGUUAGUUGGCAUGGUAGAUGUGAUCUUUGCUGAUGUUGCCCAGCCUGACCAGACAAGGAUUGUAGCUUUGAAUGCUCACAACUUCCUCAAGAAUGGAGGACACUUCGUUAUCUCCAUCAAGGCCAACUGUAUAGACUCAACAGCAGCUCCAGAGGCAGUGUUUGCCUCAGAAGUGAAGAAGAUGAGCUCUGAGAACAUGAAACCACAGGAGCAGCUCACACUAGAGCCCUAUGAGAGAGACCACGCUGUGGUGGUGGGCAUCUACAGACCUCCAUCUAAACAGAAGAAAUGAAGUGGAAAUGGAUUCCCGUUUUCAACCACCACCUACUUUAGUACCGUCUGUCUGUCGCCCACCUCUCCAUCUGGCCUGCGCUCCACCUGUAGAUUCUGAAGUUGAAAGCAUAACUAGCACUCAGGGUAAAAUUGAUCUGUUUUUUUUUUUUUUUUUAAAUCUGACGACAGUUUAAUGUACACCUGAUCCACGGCUGGAGAUGCAUUAAAUGACAUUUUGUACGACUGUACGUUUGUUAUGCACAUGUGCUCAGGUCUGUGUCCAGGAAGAUUACAAAGUAAAUGAGAGCAGUCAAGUAUUGUAUAUUGCAGCCAUCACCAGCUGCUGCCCUGACUUAUUCGGUAAACAUCAAUCUGAAAUGCUUGGUCAAGACUUGUUCUGUAUGUAGAUACACAAGUUUUCAUAACUACUUUUUUGUGGUUAGUGUUUUUAUUUCAAUACCUCUUUGCUUUUCUGUGCUCCUGGUCCUUUUCUUUCUGUAUUGUCUUUUCUUUCAAUGUUUUCCAGUUCCUUGCUCUGCUAAUGUAGGGCACAUUGCUGGAUGUACCAUGUAUUCAAACAUCACAUACCCCAGAUAGCAGUGUUUUCAUUGUAUAAGUCAUCUGUUCAAACAUCUUUUAUGGCGAAAUAUACUUCUUAAUUUGUCGUGUACCCACGGUGUGGAGAGUUUCAGGUCGGGACAAUUUGUAGGCAAAGAACCAUUAAUGCUGAUGUGUUUAGUGGAGAGGUGGUAAACUGACCCCGUGUGCCUGUGUACAAAUAUAGAAAGUGAUUUAGUCACUCUGGCUUGUAAUUUGAAACUUGUAUAACUUUUGUGUUUAAGUAAGAAGCAGAAUGGUUGUAGAUAUUUUACAACAAAUCAUGCUUGAAACUUUAUUUGUCAUAACCAACAGUUUUGUUUAAAUAAAAUGUUUUUUUUUAUUAUAA